CUCUUCUCAGAACACUUUCGAUAUCGACUCCGUAAGCGGCCAUCGGGAAGCUCUCAAUCGAAGCCAUGACGAAGAAACUGCUCUCUCGCACAUCCGAGAUUAGUCUCUCCCAUCGUCCAUCCCCCGCCGAGCAAUGCCGUCAUCGAUCGGAGGACAAAGCUUCCUCCGCCAUCGUACCGGAAGCAUAUACCAAACCCUACUGUGAUUUCAUGACCGAUAACCCGACCAUUUUCCACGCUGUCGCGACAUUUACCCGCCGUCUCGACGAUCACGGUUUCAGCCGGCUGUCGGAGCGCGACGUCUGGACGUCAAAGCUGAAGCAGGGAGGGAAAUACUACUGCACUAGAAAUGACAGCGCUUUGAUCGCAUUCAUCGUCGGUCGUGAUUAUGAGUCUGGGAAUGGAGUCGGGGUAGUAGCAGGACACAUCGACGCCCUCUGCGCUAAACUCAAGCCUGUGUCUAAGCUACCCACGAAGGCCGGCUUUGUCCAGCUUGGAGUCGCACCGUAUGCGGGUGCGUUAAGCUCUACGUGGUGGGAUCGUGAUUUGGGAAUUGGUGGACGCGUGCUGGUUCAGAACCCUAGUACUGGCGUUGUAGAGUCAAAGCUGGUCAAGUUGGGCUGGCCGAUUGCCAGGGUGCCAACUCUCGCGGUACACUUUGGUGCUCCGUCGCAGGGUCCAUUUAACCCUGAGACGCAAUCAGUCCCGGUGAUCGGAUUGGACAAUUCGGAUAUCCUUGGCCAGGAUGCCAAUGCUGCUGAUAGCGGGAUUAAACCAGGAACGUUUGCCGCUACGCAGCCGGAACGUUUGGUUAGGGCGAUUGCUAAAGAGUUGGGCGUUUCUGAUUACAGCACGAUCAUAAAUUGGGAGCUCGAGCUGUUUGAUAUCCAAGCCGCCCAAGUUGGUGGCUUGGAUAAGGAAUUCAUCUUUGCUGGUCGAAUCGACGAUAAGCUGUGCAGCUAUAGUGCCUUCGAAGCUCUCUUGGCCUCAUCGGAAAAGUCCUCAACCGGGAUUGUCAAGAUGGUGGGGAUGUUCGAUAAUGAGGAGAUUGGCAGUUUACUCAGACAGGGUGCCCGAUCAAACUAUAUGAGCAGUGUUAUCGAGCGGAUCGUCGAAGCUUUUGCUCCGAAUUACGGACCGAAUCUCCUAUCCCAAACCUUUGCAAACAGCUUCCUUGUUUCUUCUGAUGUUAUUCAUGCCGUUAACCCGAAUUUCCUGAACGUAUAUCUGGAGAAUCAUGCCCCACGUCUUAAUAUCGGUGUUGCUAUUUCAGCGGAUCCAAAUGGGCAUAUGACAACCGACAGCGUUAGCACCGCUCUUCUCCAGCGAGUUGCAGAGAAGUGUGGUUCUAGACUUCAAGUCUUCCAAAUCAGAAAUGAUAGCCGUAGUGGAGGCACCAUCGGUCCUAUGACAAGUGCGCGAACGGGAAUGAGAGCUAUUGACUGCGGUAUCCCACAGCUGAGCAUGCACAGUAUUAGGGCCACUACAGGAAGCUUGGAUCCUGGACUCGGCGUGAAAUUAUUUACGGGCUUUUUCGAUCAUUUUGAGGAAGUUGAUAAAGAGUUCCGACAGCUCUAGGCAGAGAUGGAUUGAUAAUUGGGCAAAGGUCUUGAACGGGGUUUCUUUUCGGUUAUGAGCACUUCUUGGUUGGUUCAAACGAUCACAUGCAUUCUCCUUACUGGUAGUAUAGAUAUUAAUUGGGGCAGCAUUCUUGUAAGCACCUAUCGA